CUCCCGCGCUGCGCGCUCAGCCUGAGGUUCCGGGGUCGGCAGUGCGACCCGCGCACAGUUGUAAUAAAUGCGCGAGAAGACGCGCAGCAGGAGUGACAGGUGCCCUGCGCUUUAGCCUCCCCGGGAGGUGGUAGCGAAGCCAGAGAUCUAGAGAUUCCAGUUGAGAUCAAGUUGGCAGCCAGAACCUUAUACUUGGCCUAUGAGGAGCAGCUCUUAUCAACAUCAGUGACAGAACCUGUGGUUUGGAAAAGGACUGAUGGCUUUGAACCCAGGCUGGAGGACAUUUGCACUGUUUCCAACGAACCAGAGUGGUGUCUUUCUAAAGGCCAUGAGAAGCAGUGGUCUUUCCUCGUACUCCUGGGGCCACUAUCUCUGGAGAGGGACUGGAAGCUUUUUGGAUCCUGAGAUGAAAGCUUUCCUGGAGGAGAACACUGAAGUCACCAGCAGUGGCAGCCUCACCCCUGAAAUCCGGUUACGGCUGUUGACCCCCAGAUGCAAGUUCUGGUGGGAAAGAGCUGACCUGUGGCCCCACGGUGAUCCUUACUGGGCAAUCUACUGGCCAGGAGGCCAAGCUCUGUCUAGGUAUCUUUUGGAUAACCCUGCCAUUGUCAGAGGAAAAUCUGUGUUAGAUCUUGGGAGUGGAUGUGGAGCUACUGCCAUCGCUGCUAAGAUGAGUGGGGCAUCGAGGAUCUUGGCCAACGACAUAGACCCUAUUGCAGGAAUGGCUAUUACACUAAAUUGUGAAUUGAACCACCUGACUCCUUUUCCCAUUUUAACCAAGAACAUUUUGGAUUUGGAACAAGGUAAAUGGGACCUGAUUGUGCUUGGAGAUAUGUUUUAUGAUGAAGACCUUGCAGAUAGUCUUCAUCGAUGGCUGAAGAAUUGCUUUUGGACCCACAGAACUCAAGUACUGAUCGGUGACCCUGGCCGACCCCAGUUCAGAGGACACAGCAUUCAGCAUCAGCUGCACAAAGUUGUAGAAUAUUCACUUCCAGAACCUACUAGGCAGGAAAACAAUGGACUGACAACAAGCAUAGUGUGGGAUUUCCAGCCUUGAGUUGUCAGAAUGCUUCCAAGUAUGGAUAUAGCCGUGUUUGGAUUUUACCCUAAAAGACUC